AUGACUGGUCAUGGAGAGUACUUCGAGUUGAACAACAUUCUUUCUGGGCUAAAUACAACAAAGACAGAAUUUGUGCAUGGUUGCAUUGUAGCUGGGUGUGAUUAUCUAAGUAAUGAUAGAGGAGUAGGUAUCCACAGGGCAUUUUCAUUUGUAAAAUCUGGGAAACUGUUCGAGGAACUGAAGAAAAAACACUCACCUGCGAAUUAUGAAGAUCUCUUUCAAAUGGCACUGGCAGUCUUCCAGCACCAGUCAGUAUUUAGCCCAACAUUGUUGAGAUCAUCAUAG